GUGGUUCUUGGGAGUGGUGGGGCGGGUCCUCCCGGCUGUCAGCUGUGGCCCUAGGCGCCUAGGCGGGGUGGCGGUGGCCAUUGGCGGACAGGAGGGCGGGGCGGGGUCGCCCGGAGCGCCUAUACUAGGCCGUUCCUGUGUAGGUGAGCAACCGGCCUGGGAGGCACAGUGUGUGUUGCAGCGAUCCGGCUUGCAGCAGCGAUCCGACUUGGCCCUGGGAGGAAGGCUGUGUGCAGCAGCGAUCCGGCUUGGCCAUGGCAGCGGCGCCUCUGAAAGUGUGCAUCGUGGGCUCGGGGAACUGGGGAUCAGCUGUCGCGAAAAUCAUCGGCAGCAACGUGAAGACCCUGCAGAAGUUCUCCUCCACCGUCAAGAUGUGGGUCUUUGAGGAGACCGUGAAUGGGAGAAAGCUGACAGACAUUAUCAACAAUGACCACGAAAACGUGAAGUAUCUCCCAGGACACAAGCUGCCAGAGAAUGUGGUCGCUGUCCCAAACCUCAGCGAAGCCGUGCAGGACGCGGACCUACUGGUGUUCGUCAUCCCUCACCAGUUCAUCCACAAGAUCUGCGAUGAGAUUACAGGCAGGGUGCCCGAGAAGGCCCUGGGAAUCACCCUCAUCAAGGGCAUAGAUGAGGGCCCCGAUGGGCUGAAGCUCAUCUCCGACAUCAUCCGAGAGAAGAUGGGAAUUGACAUCAGUGUGCUGAUGGGGGCCAACAUCGCCAGUGAGGUCGCUGCGGAGAAGUUCUGCGAGACCACCAUUGGCAGCAAAGUGAUACAGAAUGGCCUUCUCUUCAAAGAGCUGCUGCAGACGCCCAACUUCAGAAUCACUGUGGUGGACGACGCGGACACUGUGGAGCUUUGCGGUGCUCUUAAGAACAUCGUUGCUGUGGGAGCUGGCUUCUGCGAUGGCCUCCGCUGUGGGGACAACACCAAGGCUGCCGUCAUCCGCCUGGGCCUCAUGGAAAUGAUUGCUUUCGCCAAGAUCUUCUGUAAGGGCCAGGUGUCUACGGCCACCUUCUUGGAGAGCUGCGGGGUGGCUGACCUCAUCACCACCUGCUACGGAGGGCGGAACCGCAGGGUGGCAGAGGCCUUCGCCAGGACCGGGAAGACCAUAGAAGAGCUGGAGAAGGAGCUGCUGAACGGGCAGAAGCUGCAGGGACCUCAGACCUCUGCGGAGGUUUACCGCAUCCUCAAGCAGAAGGGGCUGCUGGACAAGUUUCCCCUCUUCACUGCAGUGUAUCAGAUCUGCUAUGAAGGCAGGCCUGUCACGCAGAUGCUGUCCUGCCUGCAGAGCCACCCGGAGCACAUCUGAAGGAAGUCAGGCAGUCAUCAGGAACAGCUCUGCCAUGCCCACUGUAGGACCACCAGGAAUCCGGGGUUUGGCAGUGGGAUCCUGCUGAACUAUACUCCGAAUACAUCCAAAUUGUUACAGCUUUGUCUCUGUGCCAGGCAAGGCACUCCACUGGCUAAGAUGUGUCGGGUAACAGCUACAGACACACACACACAUGAGUGAGUGUGUGUAUGUGUGUGUGUUUGUGUGUGUGUGUGUGUGUGUGUGUGUGUGUAUACAAGUGUACACCUUUCUCAUUCUGUGAGUGUUUCUCUGAACCCAAAUCAGGUGUCUAUUGAUCACAUUUUAAAAUUCCCCUUCAGGGCAGCUUGUAAGAUUAGAAUUAACUCAGCUAAAUUUUAUGGCUGUGACUCAUUUAUAUGCAAGUGAAGGGAGGAACUGGUUUUUUUUUCCUCUGAAACAGUUAUCCAGCAUUAAAAAGGUCUGCAUAUAUGUGCGUUUGAAGACCACCACACUUUUAAACAGCAUCUCAGAGCCAGCAGCAUGAGCUCCUGGAUUGUGGAUGGACAGCUUAACAAUCAGGUGUUUUAAUUAGAUACUCCACAUACACGUGUCUUCUUGAUACAGAUACCACAUUUCUUGCCUCUUUCCUCUUCAUUCACUGCUAGAAUGUGCUUUCAUACAGACCCAGCAAGGCAGAGGAAGAAGACAUCCAUCCCUGCAGUGGCUGACGUUUCCCCUGGGGACGCUUCAUCAUGAUCGUUUCUAGGUGGGAUUGUUUUACAGCUGUGUCUCUUCAGGCUUGUGGAACCCUCAAGGGGGCCACUGUCACUUCUCAUGUAAGAAGCCAUAGCUGUACCUGGUCACCUGGGGACAUGGAGACAUUCCUCCAUCCCUCCAGGAUGGGACCUGCUACGAUGUCCCUGGGCCUCUCUGACCCGGCUGUUUGUAGGAAUGAUAUGUGCAGUCUUUCCUGAGGCCACGGGAAGGCUACCUGCCUUGAAGAUUUGUGUGGCAGAGAAUGGGAAAGUCACCACCCCACGUGAUGUCUCCAGUCAGCAGGGGCAUUUCACUCUUAAGAAAGAAGGUUCCCAGGCCUCACAAAUGAGCCCAGUGUUUCCGAAUGCCUUCCACACAUUUCGGAUGCUCGUUACAGUUUGAGAGCCACUGCACAGCCUUUUGCCGAACAAUGCUCUGUAAGAGACAAGUGUCCUGGAGUCUCCUGGCUGGUGAGUUUGGCCAUUCCAGCUGCCUGACUCUUGACACUUUCCUAGAGUGGGGAGGGAUCCUGGGUGCUAGGAAUCCACUAAGCUAAGUCCCAAACACAUUAGACUAUGAGAGUUGUUUUUUUUUUUUUUAACUAGAAUACUAACUAAAAUUUCAAGAGAAUACUGCUAUAGAAUGAGGUGACCCUCACUCUUCACAGGAAUUUGGGAUGACUAACUUCCUGUGAGAGUUCUAUGUAGCCUGGGCUGGCCUUGAAUUUGUCACCUUCUUGCCUGUCUCCCAAGUGGCCUGGGUUUUGCAGUUCUGCCCUAAUCCCUGAGAAAGCUUUCAGGAGACAGGGUCAGGCACAGACAAGGGGAUGUUGACCUCACUGAAACGCACACUAUAUGGACUCAGUGCUUUGGAUGCUAGAAUUAGAAAAAAAGGAUUUUAUCUUUAUUUAAAAACCAGGUGUCCCGUGGGGGCGGGAAGAGCGUACAGAUGUCAUUGUCCUGUGCUUUUAGCUUAUGAGAGUUUACAUUUCCUCUCCCUCAUCCUGGGUUUGGUGGCCCCCACCCUACUCUACAUCCCUUCUCUAACUGAAAAUGGCUGUAAAAUAAAUUUUUAUGAGAAUUUUAAACUGUUCAAGAAGACUUUUUGGAGCAUUAUGAAGUCCCUAAAACGCACAGCAGGCUGAGUAUUUCAGUUUUCAUAAUGAUGGCAAUCAAUUUUUUUCUUGCCUCCUGAUAAGUCUUUAAAAACAAACAAACAAACAAACAAACUCUGUACAUAUGUAACCAAGAGUUACUUUUUAAGAUAUCCAAAGGGCUGAGAGCUACCGUGGUGUCUACAAAGUAGCACAACUCAGAAUUGUUAACAUGUUUUUAUUUUGCAUCCUCAUUUUCAUUCAACCUCUCUCUGGCCUUGUACUUCCGGGUCCUUCCUUCCCUAAUGAAUGACCUUACUGACUGGCAUCCCCCUGAAGUCAGCUGAUCAUAAUCCACCCACAGGGAAAACGGUAAAUUUCUUGUUUGUGCUCUGAUGGCCAGAGACAUCACUCUAUGGGUUACCUAUUUUGUAACCUUGUAACCGCCUGCUGAUUGGUGUUUCUUGGCAAUAGGAUCAGGGACACCUAGAUUAGAAACGUCACCUGUGAAUGUAAAGCUAAACUCUUGCCUUGCUACGCCUCCCCACCACAGUUUUGGACAAAUCUCUGGAAACCCAGACCUGGGGCUGUGAAGGCCUAAGGAGGGCGGGCGCUUGGUGAGAUUGCUCUUUCUCUGCCGCUUCUUAUUGGCUGGCCUCCUACUUCCAUACGUACUGUAUUUGUUUACGGACUGUAGGUGGGUGUAUAGUGUAAAGGCUUGGUUUAAUAAACACAGCCUCUCAGACCUGUACCAUGGAGCUUAUUUUUCCUUGAUUUUAUAAAUUAUUAUUGGGAUGUGCUGUGCAAAAUUGUGAACCCAAGACAUUCUUUGAUUGGCUCUAAUAAAAAAUUGGGUGGCCAAUUAGCUGGGCAGGAAGUGGAAGGUGGGACUUCCUGGGAGGGAGAAAGGAACUCUGGAAAGAAGGAGGCACGAGAGAAGACAGAUAUGACUUUGGUACCGGAAGGUAGCCACAUGGCUGGAUAGGGCUAGGUGGUUGGGUUAACUUAGAUGACUAGUUGAAAGUCUGCCCAGCUAAGGCCCAAAGCUUUGAAAUAUUAAAGUCUCUGUGGUUGGUUGGGGAAAAUUGGAUAAGGAAUAAUU